CCUCACUUCUUUGCAACUCAGUCAUGAUCCCCGAUAUGCGUGUGAUGCAAGACUAGCUCUUCCGUCAAUAGCAACGCAAUUCACAUGUUCUGCGUGGGAGGUGAGUGCUGAGUGGUCGAGAACGGCCGUUACCGUAGGGCACUCCGCCACAAAAGCUGUGGACCCCUGCCCAGACCUGCAACUCUCAACAAGCGGUGGUCCGAUUCGAUCACCCUAUCCUCUCCUUCCCUUGCUUGAUUUCGAGAGAUUCCUAGGUGGAAGAUUUUUUCUCUUUGCACAUUCGCUUGAAGCAUGAUUUGAGUCUUUCGUCCGACUCUGCCUUCCUGCCACAUUUCGAUACGCCCAAAUAGACUUUGUGUAGCUCCGCAACCCACCACACCACAACUAUGGACGCGCAAGCACAGAGGAAGGCCAAGGUCUUCAGUCGUAGGGAGAUUGAAAGCCAAAUCGCCAAUGGCAGGGCCAUUGUCAUCGUAGACAACAAAGUUCUGAAUGUGGGAGCUUGGAUGCCAUACCACCCAGGUGGUGACAAAGCUAUGCGGCAUAUGAUAGGACGAGAUGCUACAGACGAGGUUACUAGAUUCCACUCCUCUCAGACCCUCGAGCUCAUGAAUCGCUACCAAGUUGGCCGCAUCGAAGGACGCUGGACGAACUUCUUACCACCGAUCCAGGGAGGAAAGUUCAGGACACAAGAAGAGCUGGAAAGGCUGUCCGAAGAAGAGUAUCUCGAGUCUUGCGCCUCGUCAGACCAUGAAACUGCCAGUUCAGCAUCCUCAGCGGACCAGAGCCCUAUCUUCGAGCCGGCCGAUAAGUCGUCUUCUGUACGCCAACGAAACACGGCCAAUAUCGCACGCGCCUUGUCAUCCUCUUCGGUAUCUUCAAUCGGGCUCGAGGACAUUGCAGGGUCACCGAAGAUGUCUGUGCUGGAUAGACGUACGCAGCAGGAGUUGGAUUUUGACAAGGCGAAAUAUCCCUCGACGGACGCGGAGACACAAGACAGGAUCACCCAGAAAUAUCGCGACCUGCAGGUGGAGAUUCAGGCGCGAGGACUGUACGACUGUAGCUACACGUCGUACGGUAUAGAAUGUCUGCGAUACGGGACGUUCAUCGCGCUAUUCCUCUACGCCCUUUACUCUGGCUGGUACAUUACGAGUGCGAUCCCACUCGCUUGCGUCUGGCAUCAGCUUACUUUUACGGUUCAUGAUGCUGGUCAUAUGGGCGUCACACACGACUUCACGACCGACACGACCAUCGCCAUGUUCAUUGCGUCCUACAUGGGCGGCCUAAGCGCGUGCUGGUGGAAGUUCAACCACAAUGUCCACCACCUUGUGACAAACGACCCAGAACACGAUCCAGACAUCCAGUACAUUCCCAUCUUCGCCGUCACCCACCGCUUCUUGGAAAGCCUCACAACGACGUACUAUGAGAGGGUCAUGGAGUACGAUGCGGCGGCCAAGAUCUUGGUGCGCAUCCAGCACUACACGUACUACCCAAUCAUGUUGUUUGCACGUUUCAACCUCUACAGGCUGUCGUUAGAGUAUCUUCUUGGUGGAAAGGGCCCGAAGAAGGGGCCGGCGUGGUGGCACCGCUACUUCGAGAUGGUCGGCAUGAUAGUGUUCUGGACUUGGUACGGCUACGGUGUCGUCUACAAGACCAUGCCAGACAACUCCAGCCGCUUCUGGUUCGUCCUCAUCAGCCAUGCUCUCACAUCGCCCUUGCACGUGCAAAUCACACUGUCACAUUUCGCAAUGAGUACGACAGACCUCGGCAUUCACGAGUCCUUCGCCCAAAAGAUGUUGCGCACCACUAUGGAUGUUGACUGCCCGCAGUGGCUCGACUUCUUCCACGGUGGCCUUCAAUUUCAGGCUAUCCAUCACUUGUACCCCAGGAUUCCUAGGCACAACCUUAGAGAGACGCAAAAGCUGGUCCAGGAGUUUUGCAACGAGGUGGAUAUUCCCUAUGCCCUGUACGGAUUCCUGGACGGGAACAAGCAAGUCAUCGGCAAGUUGGCAGAUGUAGCAAGGCAGGCAGCCAUUUUUGCUGAGUGCCAAAGAACCGUCGCAGCGGAGGGAGCCUAUGGGCUGCACUAGGAUUGGUACUGUAGAACUAAGUCAAUGAAUACAACACAUGUGUAUCCAUUGUUUACACCAUGUUGCGGUGAUGUCUGGCAACGACUCGAACAACCCGGUCAAAUGAAGUCUGGCCCGUGAUCUGCCUUUGAUGCAGCGUUGGGCGUGGGAGGCGUGACACGUGUUGGGCUUACAGUCCUGGGCCCCCUGGUGGCGCUGAAGGAUCCAGCGUUGUUUCUGCACAGACGGGAGCAUGCCACGCCGUACAAAGGCAGCCCUAUCGAAUGCGGCAGCCCUCGGGCAGAGCAAGUUUGGAGACGAUGUGUCGCAGCCAGAAUCGG